AGUUGUUCAAAGUUACACAUUAUAAAUUCAAAACAAAUAAGUCCAUCAAAAAGUACAUACAAUUUCAUUCUAAACCAAUGGGCAUCCUCUCUGAUACUUCCUCCGCUACCACCGCCACAAAAUGGCUCGGUUUUAUAGCCGCCGUUUGGAUUCAAGCCAUCUCCGGCAACAACUACACAUUCUCAAACUACUCCGACGCUCUCAAAUCCCUCAUGCACCUCACUCAGUUAGAGCUCAACAAUCUCUCCGUUGCUAAAGAUGUCGGUAAAGCUUUCGGUCUCCUCGCCGGACUUGCCUCCGAUCGUUUACCUACUUGGGCCAUUCUCCUCAUUGGUUCCUUCGAAGGUCUUAUCGGUUACGGCGUUCAAUGGCUCGUUGUAGGUCAGAUCAUCCAACCUCUUCCAUACUGGCAGAUGUGUGUGUUUCUAUGCAUGGGAGGAAAUAGCACCACCUGGAUGAACACUGCGGUUCUAGUUACAUGCAUAAGAAACUUCCGGCGAAACAGAGGACCAGUUUCAGGGAUUCUGAAAGGCUAUGUAGGAUUAAGCACAGCGAUUUUCACAAAUCUUUGUUCAGCACUUCUCGCAGAGGACCCUGCUUUUUUCCUUCUCACACUUGCUGUUGUUCCCUUCAUCGUUUGUCUCACCGGAGUCUUUUUCCUCCGUGAAAUUCCCGUCGCUAAAGUAACCACCGCGGAAGAAGAUAACGAAGAAAGUAAAUAUUUCGGAAUCUUGAACGCGGUCGCCGUUGUUCUUGCUGUGUAUCUCUUAGCUUAUGGAUUUGUACCUAACGUCAACACGCUGGUAUCUAGAGUUUUCGUCGCUAUUUUGCUUGUUCUUUUGGCGUCACCGUUGGGGAUUCCGGUUUAUGCUUAUUUCAAGGGAAGGAAUUCGGGUCGGGUCGGAGGUGAUAUUGAGGGGAACCGAGUAAGAGAACCGUUGAUUCAAAAUGGUGAUAAAGAAAACGAAACGGUGCCGGUUGAGGCAGUUGAGACGGUUGGGACGGAGACUGAGGCGGUUGUGGUGGUGAAGGGACAACCGGCGGUGGGGGAGGAACAUACAAUAAUGGAGGUGAUGAAGAGUUUGGAUUUUUGGAUCUUGUUUGUUUCGUUUCUAUGUGGAGUUGGAACGGGUUUGGCGGUUAUGAAUAAUAUGGGUCAAAUCGGGUUGGCACUCGGGUAUACGGAUGUAUCCAUAUUCGUUUCAUUGACUAGCAUUUUCGGAUUUUUUGGAAGGAUCAUAUCUGGUUCGGUUUCUGAAUAUUUCAUCAAGAAAUCUGCAACACCUAGACCUCUUUGGAAUGCAAUAUCUCAAAUUCUGAUGGCUGUAGGUUACAUACUCCUAGCCCUGGCUAUGCCCGGUUCACUUUACAUCGGUUCUAUCAUCGUCGGCAUAUGUUACGGCGUGCGCUUAGCUGUUACCGUCCCAACAGCUUCCGAGUUAUUUGGACUCAAAUACUACGGUCUAAUCUACAACAUUCUCAUCCUCAAUCUUCCUCUUGGCUCUUUCCUCUUCUCCGGACUACUUGCCGGAAUACUCUACGAUAUGGAAGCAACGACAACAGAAGGAGGAGGUAACACGUGCGUCGGAGGCCAUUGUUAUAGACUAGUCUUUAUAGUCAUGGCUGGAGCAUGUGUUGUUGGGUUCUUCUUAGACAUCUUACUUUCACUUAGAACCAAGACUGUUUACAACAAGAUUUGCAUGAGUAAAAGAUCAAAAAAAUCCUCAGGAACAUCAACUAGCUAAUGAUCUUGAAUGGAAGCGUUCACAAUAUUGGUAUAGGACAAUUCUGGGAUUGAUGACAUUUUUGUUCAGUGAUAUCCCAAUUGUAUCCCACUUUAGAAUUCAAUUAGUUCAGUCGAUUUUUGAAAAUAAAGCCGGAUCGUUUUGUUUUUACCGGACGCUGUUGUUUUCUAAGAUGUUUGCACAUUGCAAGGAUUAGUAAGAUAUAAUUCUUUACAAAUUACAA